AUUAAAAGAAAAGAAAAACCAGACAUCAUCCCCUCCCUCUCUCUUCAACCCUCUGUCUGCAAUCACGAUCGUGAUGUGAUUUCGUGGCGCGAUUUGGCGGUCGCGAGCUUUUCUCCUGCGGACAUUCGCCCCAAUUCCUCUGACACCUUCAUCGCCUCUCUCUCUCUCUAGGUCAAAACCCCUUUCUCUCUCUCUCUCUCCUUCUCUCUCUACUCAGUCUCGCUAGUUGAGCCGGCGACUGCAGUGCGUGGGGGGGACUGCGCAGAUCUCGCUCUUGCUUCCGCCGCCGCCGCCGCCGCCGCCGCUCCUCGGCCUCCCGGCCUCCUUCUUUCCGGCUUCGCUUCGGGGUAGAUCGGAGGGAUUUUCGGCCCGCUCCGCCCAUGAACGAGGUUAAAGAAGAAUCUCUUGUCCCGCCUAUAGAAGACGAAACUACUGAAGUCGAGCAUUUACUCGAAGAGCCUGAAAAUGAUUACUUCUCAGUGGAUGGUGUCUUUUGCUCUAAUGAGGAGAAUGCCGGGAAGUUCUUGGAUAGUAAAGACUUCCACGAUGAAGUGGAGUUUAGCCUCAGAUCUACCAGUUGUGGACUGGAUUCCUACAUUACUCCAGAAGGAGGAGAUGCGCUAAAUCUUGGACAGGGACUUGAAGGAUUUUUGGAUGAAGUUGAUGAUAUGGAGGUUCUCGAUUCUAUGGAUGGUCCUCCCAUUGCAUGUGAAGAUUAUCUUUUAGACAUGGAUCUUGCGCAAGAAGUCUCUGCAUUGGAUGUUGGCCUCUGUGAUGGCCUCCGCUUGGGGAAUUCUAGUACAGACAGUCAUUCACCAGGAUAUAGUGGAAGUAGUAAUGGUGCCAUUGAAAUGUCAGAGUCAUCUGAUGGAAAUAAUCCAGAACUCAAUUGUAAUGACGAUUCAAGUCAAGGGAGAAUUGGUCCUGAGGAUAGCAAUUGUCUUUCACGUGAUUCCGUAAAGGUUGAUCAACUGCAAAAUAGUCCAGAUUGUGUUGUUAGUUUGCUGUCAAGCCGAAACAAAAACAAUCCUGCUGCAGAAAGCAGAUUGGUAGCAUGUCUCACGCAAAAGAGACAGAGAAAGCCUACUCGGAGGUACAUUGAGGAAUCAGCAAAUAUGAAAUCUAGUCAUCUUAGGCCAGAGCAAAAGCCUUUUGCUGUUGAUUCAAAGAAGCAUGUGAUCUUUAGAACUCCUGAUCAGCUACAUAAUGUGGAAUCUAGAGAGUUAAUUUCAGUUCCUGUGAAGGAUUGUCCAGAAGAGACUGGCAUCAAAACUUUGCCUCACCCUCACUUACAGGGAAGACGAUUGAAGAAACGCAAACCCCUUUUGGAAGAUGAUUCGGGAGAGUAUUCUUCUGCAUCUGAAUCUGAAGAUGACUUUGUCGAGCGGAGACCUAAGAAGGGUAUUGAUCGGAGGAAGCAUCAAAGAAUGUGGACUCUUGCUGAGGUGACAAAGUUAGUUGAUGGUAUCUCUGAGUAUGGAGCUGGGAAGUGGACAGAUAUAAAGAGGCUUUUCUUUGCUACGUCUGCCUACAGGACACCCAUAGAUCUCAGAGACAAGUGGCGGAAUCUUCUGAGGGCUAGUCAGGCACUAAAAUCACACAAGGGAGAGGCCGAGACCGAGACCGAGACGAACGAGAAGAAUGCUGUCCGUCCAUUGCCAAAGUCCUUGCUACACCGGGUAAGUGAACUAGCAACAAUCCAUCCAUACCCGAGGAGCUACAAUUCGAGAUCCCGCCCAGUUCCUACUGCAAAGAAAGGUGCUAGGCUCAGCUCUAAUGGAAGAAAUGUACGUAGAAGAGUCUGCCCUUGAAAGAAGCAUUUGCAAAAGCUGUAUACAAAGUAGGUGUUAAGAGAACGAAGGAAACCAACCGUACUUUUGCUUCAUAUCGAUCUUCAAAAAGAGAGGAAAAGAUUCUCUUCUAUUUUAGUCUCAGCUGGAGAAAUGUUGCCGCCAAAUGUGGUAAACAUUGCAUUGCGCAAAUAAAGAGUAAGGGGGACAGGGACAGAUUAAUUGGAUUGUCUAAUUGCAGAUAUAGAGCUAAUUUGGCUUUGUGUUUCUUUUA